AACAUACACGUAUUAUCCCUCAUUGCCCUAAAUUAUUUGUCUCGAGAAAAUGUUUGGAAUUGUUAAUUCAGGAAUAGGACCAGGACCAAAAAUGUUCGAAGCUAAUCCAGACACUAAGAGACUUUACGAUGAUCUACUUUCAAAUUAUAAUCGUUUAAUUAGACCAGUGGCUAACAACACGCAACCGUUGAUAGUCUGGCUGGGAUUGAAGUUAUCUCAGCUCAUAGAAAUGAAUCUGAAGAACCAAGUGAUGACUACGAAUGUUUGGGUGGAACAGAAAUGGUUUGACUAUAAACUUCAGUGGAAUCCU